AUGGCAGUUCCUGUAAUCGGACGACUGUUCUGGUUCGAAUACCUAGCGCUUUUUGCCUCUUUCAUUCUUGUGGGGUUGGAAUCGGUCAUACAUCUAAUCACAUUCUGCCUGCCCGAACCGGUGAUCAAGUUCUGUUACGACCGCUCAAAGACUAUAUUCAACGCCUUGUUGCCAGCCGAAAAGCCAGACAAACGUCGCAGGGAAGAGCAAGUUGCUGCAGCCGUUGCACAAGCGUCCGACUUUGCAGAUAUCUGUUCCAUCUUCGGUUACGAGGCCGAAGAGCACAUCGUGCAGACAAAAGACGGUUUCCUGAUAGGAUUACAUCGCCUGGCCUAUCGAAAGGGAGAGGAAGAUUUGUUUGUCAACCAGGGCGAGGGAAGUAUCAAGAAAAAGGUGGUCUAUCUUCACCAUGGUCUUCUCAUGUGCAGCGAAGUCUGGGUGUGUUUGACGGAAGAACAGCGUUGUCUUCCCUUUCAGCUUGUAGAAAGGGGCUACGAUGUAUGGCUUGGGAACAACCGCGGCAACAAGUAUUCGAAGAAAUCUGUCAAGCAUUCUCCCUUGACGCAUGAGUUCUGGGAUUUCUCUAUGGAUGAAUUCGCAUUCCAUGAUAUCCCUGACAGCAUUAGUCAUAUCCUCGAAGUAACAGGGCAGGAUUCACUGUCAUAUAUCGGGUUCUCACAAGGCACGGCGCAGGCGUUCGCAGCUCUCUCGAUACACCCUUUACUGAAUCAGAAGGUCAAUGUCUUUGUCGCACUUGCACCGGCGAUGGCCCCAUCAGGUCUCCGAAAUCGUAUUGUGGACUCGUUGAUGAAGGCGUCGCCCAAUUUUCUGUUUCUGCUGUUCGGUAGACGCAGCAUCCUUAGCUCCACAACAAUGUGGCAGACAAUCCUCUAUCCACCCAUAUUCGUCCGCAUAAUUGACACAGCCUUGUCGAUCCUCUUUGACUGGAAGUGCAAGAACAUCAACCACUGGCAGAAACUGGCAGCUUACCUGCAUCUUUUCUCGUUCAGCAGCACGAAAUCAGUGGUCCAUUGGUUUCAAAUUAUUCGACACAAGAACUUUCAAUUCUAUGACGACGAGAUCCAUGCUCCGUUCAGCAUUGUCGCCAGUCAGCGAUUCUACAAACCGGUCAAAUACCCUACUCGGAACAUUAAGACCCCGGUCGUUCUGCUCUACGGCGGCAGCGACAGCCUGGUCGAUAUUGGGGCGAUGUUGCGAGAGCUUCCACGUGGAACAGAAGCCAAAUGCAUUCCCUCGUAUGAGCAUUUGGACUUUCUGUGGGCGAAGGAUGUGAAUGAACAGGUCUUUGGCCAUGUGUUUGAGGCACUCGAUUGUUACAGCUCCAAGGAGCGUCGCAACUCGAAAUGGGAUAAGACGCUCGAGUAUACCAAUGGCGGUACAUAG